AUGGAGUGCAAUAGAGAAGACGCGGCGAAGGCUAAGGAGCUAGCCGAAGCGGCUCUUUCAAGCGGCGAUUACGCCAGAGCUCGUCGACUAGUAACGAAAGCGCAGUCUCUCUUUCCCAAUCUCGACGGGCUCACGCAGGUCUCCGCGGUGGUUGAAGUCCACGAAGCUUCGCUGAACCGCGUGGGAGGUGACGUGGACUGGUACGCUCUCCUCCAAAUCCCCGCAUUCUGCGAUGACGACAGUCAGAUCAAGAAGGCGUACCGUCGCCUGGCGCUGCUGCUGCAUCCCGACAAGAACAAAACCAGCGGAGCGGAAGCGGCGUUCAAGCUGCUAUCCGAGGCGUUCACGGUGGUAUCAGACAAGCAGAAGAAGGCCGUGCAUGACGCCAAGCGACGAGUGAACGUAACCACAGGCCGAUCAGGAGCAGCAGCCGGCGCUAAGGCCUCGAGGAGUCAACAAAAGGCUCCAGCAGCAGCGAAGCCCCCGCCUGCAGCGCCCGCAGGAGCAGCAGCAGCAGGUGCGGGGGGACAGGGAGCGGGGAAUCAGUUCGAGACACGGUGUCCGACGUGCGGGACACGGUUCUUGUGCUUGAAGGACGCCAUGGCGGCCGUUGUACAGUGCAUCAUCUGCAAGAGCUCGUUCAAGGCUGUUCCUGCCACCGCGUCUGCCUCUAACGCGUCCGCCGCUGGCAAUGCAGCUGGGAGCGUGGAGGAGGCGUUGAGGGCUAGAGCGGAAGAGGAGAGGGCGCAGAGGGAGAGAGUAGCAGGGGAGGUGCAGCAGGAACAGGCGAAGGCGCAGGUGAGGCGGCAGAUGCAGAUGGACGAGUUGCUGGAGCGCAGGCAACGACAACAGGCGAAAACCGCCGCUGCUGCUGCGGGAGCUUCUGGUGCUGAGAAUGGCACUGCAGGUGUGCAAGCAGCAGCAGCAGGUGGAGAGAGUGAGAGGGGUGGCAUGGGGCAGGCACAGGGAGCGGGAGGAGGGGUGGGGGAGGACGAGGAGAUGGUUGGAGGAGGUACGAGGCGGUCGGCGCGCAGCAGGAAGCCGGUGGUAUACCACCUGGGAGAUGACGAUGAUGACGAUGAUGUCAUGGAGGUGACUGAGGCCGAGGCGGGGAUGAAAGGGGUCAAUGGGGUGGGCGCAGGGGGCGGCGGUCAGCCCAGGAGACCCAGGGCUGAUCAAGACGCAGCUGUGGGGGGUGAUUCGAGCAAGGGAUCUGGGGUUGAUGGUAGGCAUGGGAUGGCUGGAGAUGCCUCGGGGAGGGUGCAAGGAGAGGGGAAUUCCAUGGAUGUGCCUAUGGAAGGCAAGCCAGGGAUGUCAAGCCAUGCAGCAAGGAAGGAAGAGGGGAGUGGGAAGAAGAGUGGUGGUGGGAAGAGGAAUGGGUUUCUGCGUGAGGGGGAGGUGGUGGAGCUCAUUUCGUCUGAUGAAGAGGAGGCGGAGAGUGAGGAGGAAGAAGAGGAGGAGGGGGGAGAAGCACAGCGCUUCUCUGUUCCAGAUCCUGACUUCCACUGCUUCGAUGACGAUCGCACAGAAGAAACGUUCCGACAAGGCGAUGUAUGGACCCUGUAUGAUGACUCUGACGGCUUCCCCCGCUUCCUCGGCGCCAUCCGCCAAGUGUCCCACGUGCCCUUCUCCUGCACCAUAGUCUGGCUCGAGCCCGCCGCACUUUCUAAGAAACGCACUGCUGCCGCGACCGCCAUCACUCAGACCGAGGCAGCAGCUGCUCUGGCUGACCCAGCAGAAAGAGCAGAGCCCAGUAUUGGGUACUUUAAAUUUGGCAAACCCACAACACUUGACUCUGUUAACACCUUCUCUUUCCGGAUCUCCAAGCUGCUUUCCCCAAAUGCGCGUACGGCUACGGUUUUGCCGGAGAUAGGGCAGGUGUGGGCGCUGUAUGCGGAGAGGUCGUUUGCCAGGCGGAGGUAUUAUCUGGUGGAGGUGAUACCUGCUGAGUCGUCCAUACCGCUGCCGAGUGAUCCUGCAGUAGCAUCAGCAGCAGCAGCAACAGGAGUACAUGGGGUUACAGCGAUGGGGUGGAGGGCUGUGUGGUUCUUGGAGAGAGUCCCUGGUGGGGUGUUCAGCUCACUAUUUCAGAGAAUUCCUGGAGGAACGCAGUUUGUUCGCCUCAACAGUUUCUCACACCUCGUUCCAAGCUUCCACCUACAAGGCAAUGAGAGCAGCCCUAAGAGGUUACCCCCUCCUCCCCGUGGUGCUUUAGAGCUGGAUCCUGCUGCCACCCCCUCCAAUCUUGCUCCAUUUCUUCCUACAAUGGAGUUGUGA